UCGUUUUAUAGCAGAUGAUGCAGCAGCAGGCAGCGCUCAUGGCUGCCACACAGGGCUCCUAUCUCAACCCCAUGGCGGCGAUCGCAGCCGCUCAGAUGCAGCAAAUGGCAGCUUUCAACGUCAAUGGCCUGGUGGCUGCCCCAAUGACGCCCUCUUCAGGCACCAGCACACCUCCAGGCAUCAGUGCCACAGCAGUGCCCAGCAUCGCUGCUCCGAUCGGGGUGAAUGGCUUCAGCGCACUGCCUCCUCAAAGCAACGGCCAGCCAGCCUCUGAACCCAUCUAUACCAAUGGAAUUCACCCCUAUCCAGGUAACACACGAUUAUAAAGUUUAACCCUAAAGAUGCGAGCCUGUUUUACCUAGAAAAAUUCUGAUCCCAGUUUAUAAAACCCAACUUUACCUUCUCUACUACUAGGUAACUAUCCAACUAUCCAGUCUGGCUAGGUUUCUU